AUGAAGGCUGUGGACAGCCCCAGGCACGAGCCGGGAAAGCCCGGCCAGGGUGCCUGGGACAACCCCGCCUACAGCAGGUCCCCGUCCCCGCCCGGGCCGCUGACCAUCUGCACGGUGUCCAGCACGGUGCCCCCGCCGCCCCGGCCCCAGAAGCCCGAAGAGGACGCCCAGGGGAAGGCACGCAGGACCCGAGGGUCCAGCUGCUGCCUCCACGUCUGCCGAAGCAUCCGAGGACUCUGGGGAACGACCCUGACGGAGAACACAGCGGAGGACCAGGCACUGUAUGUGAAGACCACCCUGCGGGAGCUGCUGGUCUACGUGGUGUUCCUGGCAGACGUCUGCCUCUUGACCUACGGCAUGACAAGCUCCAGUGCUUACUACUACACCAAGGUGAUGUCCGAGCUGUUCCUGCACACCCCAUCGGACGCCGGAGUCUCUUUCCAGGCCAUCAGCAGCAUGGCGGACUUCUGGGCUUUUGCGCAGGGCCCGCUGCUGGACGGCUUGUACUGGACCAAGUGGUACAACAACCAGAGCCUGGGCCGUGGCCCCCACUCCUUCAUCUACUACGAGAACCUGCUGCUGGGGGUUCCCAGGCUGCGGCAGUUGCGGGUGCGCAACGACUCGUGUGUGGUGCACGAGGACUUCCGCGAGGACAUCCCGAGCUGCUACGAUGUCUACUCUCCGGACAAAGAGGAGCAGCUCCCCUUUGGGCCCCUCAAGGGCACGGCGUGGACCUAUCACUCGCAGGACGAGCUGGGAGGCUCCUCUCACUGGGGCAAACUCACCAGCUACGGGGGAGGCGGCUACUUCCUGGACCUCCCGGGGUCCCGACAGGCCAGUGCGGAGGCGCUCCAGGCCCUGCGGGAGGGUCUGUGGCUGGACAGGGGCACGCGGGUGGUCUUCAUCGACUUCUCGGUCUACAACGCCAACAUCAACCUGUUCUGCGUUCUGAGACUGGUGGUGGAGUUCCCGGCGACGGGCGGUGCCGUCCCGUCCUGGCAGAUCCGCACGGUGAAGCUGAUCCGCUACGUCAGCACGUGGGACUUCUUCGUCGUGGGCUGCGAGGUGGUCUUCUGCGUCUUCGUCAUCUACUACGCGGUGGAGGAGGGCCUGGAGCUCCGUGCCCACCGGCUGCGCUACCUCCGUGGCAUCUGGAACGUGCUGGACCUGGUGGUCAUCCUGCUCUCCAUCGUGGCCGUGGGCUUCCACGUGUUCCGAACCCUCGAGGUGAGCCGGCUGAUGCGAAGGCUCCUGGGACAGCCCAGCGCCUACGCGGACUUCGAGUUCCUGGCCUUCUGGCAGACACAAUACAACAACAUGAACGCCGUCAACCUCUUCUUUGCCUGGAUCAAGAUAUUCAAGUACAUCAGCUUCAACAAAACCAUGACCCAGCUGUCCUCCACGCUGGCCCGCUGCGCCAAGGACAUCCUGGGCUUCGCCGUCAUGUUCUUUGUCGUCUUUUUCGCCUACGCCCAGCUCGGCUACCUGCUUUUCGGGACCCAAGUGGAAAACUUCAGCACGUUCGUCAAGUGCAUCUUCACUCAGUUCCGGAUCAUCCUCGGGGACUUUGACUACAAUGCAAUCGACAACGCCAACCGCGUCCUGGGCCCCGUCUACUUCGUCACCUAUGUCUUCUUUGUCUUCUUUGUGCUCCUGAACAUGUUCCUGGCCAUCAUCAAUGACACUUACUCAGAGGUCAAGGAGGAGCUAGCAGGACAGAAGGAUGAGUUGCAGCUGUCUGACCUGCUGAAACAGGGCUACAGCAAGACCCUCCUGAGGCUGCGGCUGUGGAAGGAGCGGGUCUCGGACGUGCAGAAGGUCCUGCAGGGCGGGGAGCAGGAGACCCAGUUCCAGGAUUUCAACAGCACCUUGCGAGAACUGGGACACGCAGAGCACGAGGUCACUGAGCUCAAAGCUACCUUCGCCAGGUUUGACCAAGACGGGAAUGGCGUUCUGGACCAGAAAGAGCAAAAACAGAUGUGCCAGGACUUAGAGGAGGAGAGGGUGGCUCUCAACGCCGAGAUCGAGAACCUGGGCUGGUCCAUAGUGGGUGGCCCACAGGGCGAGACGGGCCCAGGGGCCGCCAGAGCAGGAGGCUGUGUUUCGGCAGAAGAAUUCUACCUGCUUGCAAGGAGAGUUCUGCAGCUGGAGAUGGUGCUAGAAGGCGUCGUGGUCCAGGUGGAAGCUGCGGGUUCGAAGCUGAAAGUACUGGAGGGAAAGGGAUGGCUGGCUCCCUCCCUGGACACGGAAGAACUAUCGGUGUAGCAGCACCCGCAGCCAGUCCCCGUGGUGACUCCAGCUCCCUGGGGAGUCCAGGGUGGGCAGAGGAGGGGCAGGGAGGGGGCCGAAAGCCUCAGGCAGCCAGCUUCUCUCCCCCGGCCUCCCCAGAGACCCCUCUCUGUGCACCCUCUGCAUGCAGGGCAGCAGAUCCCCACCCUACUCCCGGCCCUUUGA